GAUGGCAGCUUCCGGUUUUUUGUGCUGGCUUCAUUUUCCCUUUGUGGAAAAAUUGCAGAGGCUCUAAACGCGACUUGAAUACCGCCGUCGCCCCCGCCGAUCUACCGGUAUCGUAUCGUAUCGUAUCGCCCCGGCCGAGGAGCUCCGAUGGAGAAGAGCGGCAGCGUGGACAGCCUGGGCUCGAGACGCUCCUCGUGCGUGGACUCCCUGUCCAGUAGUUCCACGUCCCGGUCAGACCGGUCCUCGCUCGCCAAAGGCCCGUCCGCCUCGGUCAACGACUUGUCCCCGGAGGUGCGGACGCCAGGAAAGCCCUCUACUAAGGCUUUCAGAGACUCUGGGAAGGAUGAUCCUGAGCUGUUACCGAAGGAAGUGGUCCAGAUUGUGGCCAAAGAUGUCACCUAUAUCUGUCCAUUUGUGGGAGCUCUGCGGGGGAUACUGACUGUCACCAACUACAGACUGUUCUUCAGAUGCAUCAACAGAGAGCCUGCGUUUUUGUUGGACCUGCCUCUAGGAGUGAUCAGCAAAGUGGAUAAGAUUGGUGGGGCGUCCAGCAGAGGGGACGUUUCUUAUGGCCUCGUCUGCAAGGACAUGAGGAACCUGAGAUUUGUUUAUAAGCCACCAGAGGAUUCAUUACAGAAAUCUGCCUUUGAUGUUUUGACCAAGUUUGCCUUCCCUAACUCUAACAAUCUGCCUCUUUUUGCCUUUGAGUAUGAUCAGGUAUUCCCUGAGAAUGGAUGGAAAGUAUAUGAUGCACUGGCAGAGUACAAGAGACAGGGUCUACCCAAUGAGAGCUGGAGGAUAUCUAAGGUGAAUGAUCACUAUGAACUGUGCGACUCGUAUCCUGCCUCUCUGGUCGUCCCAGUAACAAUCACGGACGAAGAACUCCGCCGAGUCGCCGCCUUCAGGGCCAAAGGGCGCAUUCCAGUGUUGUCAUGGAUCCACCCCGAGAGCCAGGCGGCGGUGGUGCGGUCCAGCCAGCCGAUGUCGGGAGUGAGUGGCAAACGCUGCAAAGAGGAUGAGAAGCUCCUGCAGGCCAUCAUGGACGCCAACGCACAGUCACACAAACUCUUCAUCUUCGACGCCAGACCUAGUGUUAACGCCGCUGCUAAUAAGAUGAAGGGUGGUGGGUGUGAAAGUGAGGAUGCAUAUCAAAACGCUGAACUGGUCUUCCUGGACAUCCACAACAUCCAUGUGAUGCGUGAGUCACUCCGGAAACUCAGAGAGGUAGUUUACCCGAACAUCGAGGACUCCCAUUGGCUGUCCAACCUCGAGUCCACCCAUUGGCUGGAACAUAUCAAGCUGAUUUUGGCUGGGGCUCUGAGGAUGGCGGAUAAGGUGGAGUCUGGGAGGACGUCGGUGGUGGUGCACUGCAGUGAUGGCUGGGACCGCACGGCUCAGCUCACCUCCCUCACCAUGAUCAUGCUGGACGCUCACUACAGGACCGUCACCGGCUUCCAGACCCUCAUCGACAAGGAGUGGGUCAGCUUCGGACAUCGCUUCCAGCAGAGAGUGGGCCAUGGAGAUCAGAACCACACAGAUGCAGAUCGCUCUCCAAUCUUCCUGCAGUUUAUCGACUGUGUGUGGCAGAUGACACAACAAUUUCCUGCAGCGUUUGAGUUUAAUGAGUACUUCCUCAUCACAGUGCUGGAUCACCUCUACAGUUGUUUGUUUGGAACCUUCCUGUGUAACAGUGAACAGCAGAGGGUCAGAGAGGAGCUGUCCAAGCGCACCGUGUCUCUGUGGUCGUUGGUGAACAGUCAGCUGGAGGAGUUUGUGAACCCGCUGUACGUGCACUACUCCUCCCACGUGCUGCUGCCCUCCGUGUCCAUCAGACACCUGCAGCUCUGGCUCACCUACUACAUCCGCUGGAACCCCAGGAUGAGGCCGCAGGAACCAGUGCAUCAGCGUUACAAAGAGCUGUUGGCCAAGCGGGCAGAGCUUCAGAAGAGGGUGGAGGAACUUCAGCGUGACGUAGCCAAUCGUGCUUCUGUGUCCUCUGAGAGGGCGGGGUCACCCACUCGCUCCAUUACUCCUGUGCAGACCUUUGUAUGAAGACCUGACAUUGGCUACAGCACAGGUGUUCAGCCCCUUUCCUUGAAUCCAGGUCUGAUCUUGGAGUCUGUAAAGCUUAGAAGGUAAUCAAACAGUUAAUGUGACUUACGGGCCACCUGGUGUUCAGCCCUCACUCCUGGGUACAGGGAGGGUGGGAGUACCCGGACCACCAGGGUGAGGUUUUGAACAUCUGUGUUUAGUCACAUCAGUUUACUACCAGUGACUAGAAAAACCAGGCCGGUGUUUGGAUCAGAGGUCCGGAGUUAAAUACCUCAUGACUGAAUGAUAGAUCAUUCCUGAUGCCGCCCCACCCCGUCUCUCUGUCUGUCUCUCUGUCUUACUCUCUUGAAACAGAAACAGUGAUGUGUGGAACAUCUCAGAUCGGUUUGUCAAAUCUCAGAUCAGUUCCACCACACACAAAGCAACUAAUACAUAGGUUUAUAAGCCAUUAAUACCUUAGUCUAGUAUUAUGUUAUUACAUUUAUUAGGACUUUUAUAUAAUAUACUGUACAUUUUAGCUUGACAUGUUUGUCUAGGUAUAGAGUGCAAACAUGCUCUGCUCUUUCUUGUGAUUGGGCACAAGCACUGAGGGGAAACACAUGACCAAACCAGUCUGAUUGUAUAAUAUUUGCAUAUUUAAAAGAGCAGUAGUUGCCUUUAAAAGAUACUGCUUCAUAGGUAGGCUUAGAGAAAGCUAACUGAAUAAUCACUUAAAAAAAAAAGAAUGAAACACAAAGUUUAAAAACUAUAUUACCAGCAUUCCUGUAGUUUUGCUAACAGUGGGGAACGUGGUAUAUAUGUGAAGUACGGUAAAUGGUUAUCACUGCAUAAAGCCAGUCAGAGGGCAGGAUACUGUGGUCAGUAGAUAGGGUAAUUACACAAGACCUCAUCUCAUUAUAAUAUUUUAGAUAUGCCAGCGCCAUUCAUGCAUUUCUGUGAUAGGCAUCGGUAUUUCAUAGCUGUUAAAACAGACCCGUUCCAAAGAUGCUCCUUCAUAUGCAGGCGUGUAUGUGUGCAGACGCAUUUGGGUUUUGCAGAAAUGUCACUGGCUAGUUGGAGUUGUUACACUGCAUUAUGGGUAAUGUAGUAAAGGAGCAGGUUGAGAAAAUAGUUUCUUCUUUUCUGUUCCAAGUGUUCCGGGAACUAAAAGAAAGCAGCACAGCGACAGGACCUCAUAGUGGGGAUAAAGGGAGUUGCUGAACUCUGGGAUAGUGAAAUAAUGUUACACUAUGCAUUGUGGGUAAUGCAGUCAAGUUUACUGUCACUGUGCUCUGGGAUAAUGAAAUGGUAUUUUAAAAUUCCAUAUGCUGCAGUUAUGAAGGGCUUUUGAGAUUCACUAAUGGUCUUUGCUAAUCAUUUUACAUUCCUUUAUUGUUUGAAUAAAUCAUUUUAAUGGUUGAAAAGU